CUCAGGCAGCGAUUUCUCCACCCCCGGGAAGGCGCAAGAGAGCUGGGUCCUUGCUGAGGCGAUGGCGCGACGUGUGACGCGUGUGGGCCGCGCCCCGUGCCGCUGUCGGCGGGGCCGCUCACGAUGAUGCCUGGAGAGACCCCGCCGGCGACGGGCGGGACGGCAGCGGCUGUGGCCUGCGCCAACUGCGGCCUGCUGCAACAGAAUAUAAACGAAUAUGUAGCCGCAUUAAUUGCACUGAAGCAAAAAAUGAUUGAUGGAGAUCAUUUGCUGACAGAGUAUCAACAGAAAUGCACUGAGCUCCAGUUUGCUGAACGAGAGAUCUCUGCUCUUCGUUGCCAAGUGGAGCAGAUGCUACAGAAAAUUCUGCCUCUGGAAAAGUGCCAGGAAGAGUUGGGUUCCUUGAAAGCUGAGUUAGAAGAGAAAAAGAGUUCUCUCAAGAUUUAUCGGGAGACUCAACUGGAAUAUGUUAAAAUUAAAGAAGAAAUAGUGAACAGUGAUGCUGUGAGAAAGAAACUGGAAACAAAAGUGAAGAAACUUGAAGAGGCUGCAACAAAGCAUACACAGGACUUCAGACAACUGAAAAGUGAGAAGAAAAGGCUUGAGAACGAGCUAAAAAAGGCACAAGGAAAACUUGAUGGUGUACUUAAAGAGAAGUGCAGAAAAGUGAAGCAUGCGGAGACCCAGAGUUCAAGUGAAGGUCUUACAAAAGAUAUAGACAAAGAAAAAAUAAAGCUCUUGUUAGAAGAACUCUGGCGGUGCAUUGACAGUGCAACGGGCAAAAGAAAGACGCAGGAAAACUGCCCUGUCUUGGCUUCUAUUCAGGGUAAGGUAUGGCCUGAAAAAAGGAGGCUAACUGGUACAGAAGAAACUGUGCAAAUGCACCAAAAGAUCAGGAAAUGCGAUGGGAAAAUGCUGUCUUGGUGUUCUUCACUGGAAAGUCCUGGCAAGCAAACUCCUGUAACAGCCAUGCACCUUCAAGCGAGUACUGAGCCUUUUGGAAGUGACUGCAUUGAGAACAGGACCACUGAAGAAUGUUUGCACAGUGGUGAGGAUAAAACUGAAGAUACGAUGAUACAGACAGAUGGGGCACACAGCAGUUCAGACUUCUCUGAUCAGGAGCAAAAGGGCCCAGGUGGAGAUUUGAUGGAUAUAUUGGAUUGGGUCAGGCCUCUCCCUGCUCUGCUUUCUCCAGUACAGCUUUCACCACCACCAACAGAGGAUGCAUUGUUUGGAGAAGACACAGGUUCCAGUGAUGACGAAGUUGAUUGCAGUGCUUCUGCAGUGGAGGAUAUUCUACAAGAAGAUCGAGUUCAUCCUCAGAGUUGUAAUGCAUUCAGCUUCAAUGAGGAGUGUAACAGUCACAGCAGAUCAUGUGAGCAUGGUCCUGAUGCAGAAGUCUCCCAAAACCUGAGUUGGAAUGAAAACAAUGUUCCUAUCAGUCCAAAGAUGUCAAGGAGGGAGGAGGGGGAUGCUGAAAAAAAGCAAGCUGAAGCUGCUACUUUAAUUACAAACAUGAAAACUAAUGAUUGUUUGGAGGAGAAAUCUGAGAACAUGGAAACUGAAAAGAGAGAACUAACUGAAGUGACAGCACAUGAACUGGAAGCCAUCAGAGAACAGAAAGGAGACAGUGAGGACAUGCAUAGUGAAGAACGAGGUUCUUCAGCUGGUUUUACGUUACAGAGUUUCAAGCCUCAGAAUGAGAUGGAAAAAUGUGGUGAGGUAGAGCAAACAGAGGAGAACGUAACCUUAAUCAGAGCUGUUGAUGACGAGGGUGCACAUGAAGAGCAUGGUGAAUUAAUGAAAGCAGAAAGAGAUGGAUUAUCAGGAGAGAAAGGAGCUCCCAGGGCAGUAUGUGUUCCCCAAAACGUUCCUCUUGUCCCAUCUGAGCAGUGCAUUGUGCUUCAAAGAGGAGAUUCUGAGGAGAAAUCUGAUGUGUUGAUACAGAAUGAAGUGGUUGAAAAUGAAUCAAAAAAUGUAAUCAAAGUAACUAAUAUGGCAAGUGAUAUAGGGGAAAAUACAGAAGUGAAAAAUGGAGCAGAAGUAACAGCUGCAAUACAGGUGAAAGGACCCUGUGCAGAGGCAAAUAGUGAGACAGAGCUCUCUGAAAAUGUAGUAGUAUCUGAUUCCAGUAGUUCAAAAUCCUUCUGUGCAGCAGAGUGUCCUAAAGACCUGAUGAUACAGUGUGAUGGGGAGGGAAUAACUAUAGAGACUGAGGCAGACACUGGAGCUGAUGAGAUCUCUGUACACUCUCACUGCUCUGAAAUAAAACAUGACAGUGAAGAGAUACUGGAGAAACAGUGUGUGCAAACAGUAAAAGAUGAAGCAGACAGAGAAUGUGAUCCAGAGAUUCUUAAAGUCUCCAAAUGUUACUUACGUGUAUCUCCUGUUGAAGAAAUCAGAAACGUAUUGUCUAUGGAUGACACAGACAAACAUGUAGGUAUGGAGGGGACUGCUUUGUUAGCCCUUCCAAAAGAUGAGCAGCUCAAAACUGAAGACAGGAAUAGAACUAGACCCGAGACUGCUGCACUAGCCGUGGAAUCUAACAGAGAAAGUGUUCCAGAAACAGCUGAAUCAUCAGAGCUACUCCAUAGAGCAGAGAAUGGGAAAUCAGUGGAUAUGAAGGAGGGGGGAUAUUUAAAAGGCAAACCACACCAGGAAGAUGAUGGUAGGAAUUUAUCAGAAGGGAAGUCAGAGUUGGGAAGUACACUUGCACUGUCAAGCACAGCAUGUGUCACUGGUGCUGAAAGCAGUGUAGCCAAGUGUGAAUCCUCUGUGUUAGAUAUUACAGAAAUACAAGGUGAAAUAAACCAACCUGAAAACCUGUGUAGUGCAUUAGAACACGUGUUGUCCAAAACUCAAAACUCUGGAGUGUUUGAAUCUCAAGACACUGAAGUCAAAGUUAGUCCAGAAGAUUUCAGAGAGAGAAGCAGUGAGCUGUUAGAAAGAGUGGAUACCACUGAAUCUGUCUUAGCAGAAAGUAAUCUUCCUUCUGAGGCACAGCUUGCAAAACCUCUGAAUUGGUUCUUGGGAACUGAAAAUGUUAAAUGUGAUGACAUCCAAGGGGAAUUAAACAAACAAAGCAAGGAGUUGGUGUCUUCCAGUUCAUUUAACUGGGAAGGGAAUGUUGUGAAGACAAAUAAAGUUUCAGAGAUCAUCUGCCAGCCUGCUUCUGAAAUGGACUUUAAUAGUGACUUGGCUUUGUCUACUGAAGGGGACUUGGAGGUGGGCUGUAUAAAUGCUAAAGAAACAGAUUCUCCUGUACAAGUGGGAGCUGGCUUGGGAUCUACAGUGCCUCCUGGUCUCAAUUUCAGUCUUCAGCAAGUUGAGAGUUUUGUUGAAACUAAUGUCUCUGAAAAGCCUGCUGCUUCUUCCCCUACAUGGGAAAACAGAGGAGAGAAAAAUCGUGUUAUGGACAGUGCAUGUAAGUGUUCUUCAGAAAGCUUGGAAGAGGGUGCAGAGAUCCUGUCUGCUGAAAAAGACAUCAUGUGCAAAGAACUGGGCUGCCUUGAGAGGGUAUACAUACACCAAAAUGAAAUGAAAAUACCAGAUGAGAAGGAGCAGACAGUAGAUAAAGAACCUCCUGCCCCUGUUAAAUCGCAGCUCCUGCAUGCAGACUCUUCUAAUAAGAAUACUUUUCCUUCUCAGAAGUUUGAUUGUCAAGAAUCAGGAUGCAGGACUUCUACACAGGAGGUUACAACAGAUACUUCUAGAGCUGAUUCAGUAACAGCAGGAGGGGAAAGCAAAGAACUGAAUAGUUUUGAGGCAUCUGGGGAAAAUGCCAUAAAAAUAUCUAAACCCAAUUUUGAUGGGCCAGAGCAGAUCAAUGAAUCUGAAGAGAAAGACUGUUCUGUACAGAAACAUAGAGAUGUGGAAUGUUCUGAAUGUGUUCCCAUAGUCAGAGAGGAACCCAGGGCUUCCAGGAGCCUUGCAGGGGAUGCUCUGGAAACCAGUGAUGAGAUUGCUGACACUGACUGCCAAGUAUCUGAACUUCAUUCAGCAAUGCACCCAGGAAGCCCUGUGACAGUUGGAGAGCUAAAAGCAGACACUGUGGUGGAUAUGGAUACACACUGUGAAACAGACAGUGCUCCAGAUACCUCAAAUGAGUUGUCGAUUGUGGCUGGGGAGGGUAAUCCUAAAGACUUAGCCUCCUGCACAAAAGAGUCUGUACUGGUAACCUCUGACAGUGCUGAGGGUGCCAGUGAAUGUGUGGUAGACUCUAACAGAGCUGAAUGCAUCAGUGACAGUGAGGGAGGUCUGUUAAAAACUGGGACAUCGAAAGAAAGCCCUGUGAUGCCAAAUGCCUCACAAAAUGGAUUACCAGUAUCCCAGACGUUAAGCAGAUUCUCAGAAAUGGUAAAAACCAGUGGAUUAAAUACAAGAACGUUAGCACUUGGCAAUUUCUUAGAAGAAAAUGAGGCUGAAAAAUGCCAGUCAAAGGUGGAGCAAAAUCUACUACACAGUGUUGAUAUGGGCAUCUCGGUGUCUGAAGAAUAUAACUGUAGUCAGACUUCCAGUUGUUGCAGCACAGGAGAGAACAGCACUGAUGUUAUCCUAAAUGGUAGAAGAAAUACGUUUGUCAAGUCUCUUCCAGAUCCAGCCCUGUGUGAUAUAGAGUUCAAUUGUCACAAAGUUAGGGAGCCUUCUGAACCACAAAACCUGAUAUUUGAGAAGCCAUGCAUGCUAAAGUCAGAAUCUUGUGUGGGUGAUGCUCUCAAAAGGAGAAACAGGUUGAACUGUAAAGAGCAAGAACCAUCUGAAGUCUUGACUGCUUCAGCCAAGGCAGCUGCCCAGGCCAUGUGUGCCAAGGUAUCAAAGAGGCUGUCUCAAGGUAAAAGGAAAACAAAGAUUCUCAAAGUCACUCAGGCAGUUCUUGCAAAUGCUGAUACUUCUGUGCCAAAAAAAUGCUCACCUGAGACUAUAAAUAAAAUUAGGCAAGAGAUAGGUCCUCCUCUUCCCCCCUUGCUCCUGCCUUUGAUGGAUACUCCUCCAAAAGCCACAUGUACCGUGUCCCCAGCAAUGUCUUCUACUGGUCGAUCCUCCUUGCUUUCCCCUCUUGAUGACCUGAUAUCGCCGUUACGUGAAACUCCCAUUCCUCCUCUCAUGUCUCCGUUAACAGAUACACCACCAGUAAAAUCUGCUCUUUUGUUUUCUCCUCCCUCACCCUCAGAAGUGGCAUUAGGCCGAAGGAUUCGUUCCUCACCCCUGAAAUUCUGUACUUCCAUUCCAAAGCAUGCGCUUCCCGUCCCAGGGAGGUUUCCUCUGUUGGCAGCUGAUGGUGCUGCUCCAGCUCCCCCUCAGGAGAAUUCAGUGAAAAUACUGGACACCAUGUACCCAGAGCUGUCUGCAAGGGCAAGGACACUAAACAUCCUCAAAGGCAAUAUACACCUUAACCGAUGUGCUUUUUCAGACAGCCAAAGUUUGCCAGGACCCGUGGCUCAGAUUGGUGGGUUCAAAGCAAUUGCAUCUACAUCAACUGCUUUUGUUAAAACUGGGGGCAAUCUGAAGUUCAAUAGUAGCAAAGACCAAGAGAAAGAUGGGCAAAAUCAGCAGCUUUUCUCAAGCUCAUCAAAUCAUCUUGGAAAACGGACCCUAUUGCCAGUAUCUAUGCCAAGAAGUGCAAAGAGACUGAGGCUGGACAGUGAACCACCAAAGCUGGAGCCCGAUGAUACUGCUGCUAUGGAAAACACUAAAGAUACAAUCUCUGGAACGCAGGAGGCUUUCCAUGAGAAAAGCUCUGAAACUAGUGACUCAGUGCACGAUUCCAGCUCAGAAGCAUCACUACCAUUAAAGAAAGCUGUUGAUACUGACUGUCAGAAAGUUUCUCUGGCAUUGAAGAGAAUUGCCGAGUCCUGUUUUGACCUGUUACCAGUUAUUAAAGGUCACGUGUACGUUGGCAAUAUCUCAAAGAUUCCAGUAAUGAGAGAUGAAGAGAAAGAAAUUGUCUAUGAAUUUGGUGUAAAAACCAAGCAGUUAGCAGAGUCCUUGCUUCAUGCUAUUCUCAAUAAGCUCAAGGCUCAGAAGAAUGCCACAAAUUACACUUUCAAUCAGGCUCUGUGUCGAGUCUAUACAGGGAUUUGUCGACAGUUGGGAGACCUGGAAAGAGCUCGCCUUUUCUGCUAUAGCCUGCUUAAAGAAGACUUUCCAGACUCAGAGAAAUUGAUUUUAUUUAUCACAAAUGUAUGGUCUGACAUAUUCAUCUUCCAAAGUGCAAUUAGCAAAGCUAUGCAAUUAGUUGUCAGGCAGAGGGCAAGCAAUGAGAUGCUGACCUGCUUGAAUGCUUAUCUCAGCUGGGAACAGAGUUCCUCUUUAGAUGCUGGGAUUAUGGUCUCAAACCUGCUUUUAGAAAUGCAGUCAUGUCCCAAAGUAGAAUUUCAACCAAGUGAGCAAUAUGGAGAAGAUCUGAGUGAAGAUGCUUGGCAGUACAUAUUUGCUGUUGAUCUACUCUGCUCUCACCUGAAGUGGGACUGGACACAUGACAAUGUUAUAAGCAAAGUGCUUUGGCCUUCUAUGGAUAAAUGGAUAAAGAAGAGAAAGGGGCCUGAAACUGCUCAGUCCAUUUCUGACAGUGUUACAGCACUGAUCCUCAGGCUAAUUGGUCGAUUGGGCCAGAUAGGUUUGAAGGAAGGAUAUCUUGCUGCAGUGAAGAAUAUUAGUUCUGUAAUUGGACUGUUUGUACAGCAGGCAAAAGAGGAAGGUGUUCCCUGGGGUGUGCAGCUGGCAGCCAUAUAUUCACUGUGUGACUUGGCUUCAAGCAACCCAGAAGGUAUUGUUGAGGCCAUCCACGCUUGGAGAGCAACAGUUCUUAACAGCAUCCCUUUUGCUGUCACAAGUGGCAUAGCUAAAAUCACUUCUCUGUGUAAAAUGGAGCUAAACUAAAGUCUAGGGAAGCGGACUGAACUAAAGGAAGAAGUGCCUUAUUUUACUAAGUAGUUGGUCCCAGUUAAAAACAAUAUGUGCUGUGGUCCUUUUUUAUGAUGAUUGUUUUAACAGAAUGUCUGAUCAUACAAAGCAAACUCAAGUAUUUUAUUUGGGUUUUCUGUUUGAGGGGUGUACAAAAAAUAGGUAAAAACACUUGCUUUUCCUAAUAACUGAUCAGUAAUCUGAGAACCAGUGUGUCUCCAGCUCCUGAGAUAUAUCUGGUUUGAUGUCAAUAACGAUUAUUAAUAGUUUGCUAUUUUACUUCCAUCAGUUUGGAGCAUGGGAUAUUUGACACAACAGAAGAUUGAGCCCGGCUGAAAACCUGGCUGUCAUUUUGUACUAUAUUUAUAAAGUAACUGAUAGCAGAACUGUGCUCAGAUUCUGCUUUGUUUUGCUUGAGUAGCCUCCUAAGCUUAAUUUAAAAUACUUGUGUAAGAAAGAUAGGAAUUGACUUUUUGUGUAACAAUCAUGUAUAGAGUAACAGAGAUACUAAAUCUCUGAACCUGUAUAUAUGUUAUUCUGAUAAUGUGUCUCACAUUUGAUAUUGUUCCACUUGGGGAAUUUUGUGUAUGUAAAUAGAAAGUUGGCUCAACAAAAGUUCACGUUUCUAACGAUAGCUUCACUACACCCUGUGGUUUUGUACCUUUCGUAAUAAAAGAAGCAAACACC